AUGACUUGGAUAGAGUCGUCAGAUCCAAGAAAUGCAUUCUAUGGUGGACGAACGGGGAUGGCAAAAUGUUUUCACAAAGCAGAAGGGGAGCAGAUUCUAUACGAAGAUUUCACGAGUUUGUAUCCAACCAUCAACAAGUAUGGGACGUAUCCAAUUGGACAUCCACAAAUCUUAGUAAAUCGACCUGAUCAAGAUAUUCAUAGCUACCUUGGUAUGGCAAAAGUAGAUGUCAUUGCCCCAGAGAACUUGCUACACCCAGUACUUCCUGUGAAGCUAAAUGGAAAAUUAAUGUUUCCGUUAUGUAAGAAAUGUGUUGAAGAACAACUGGACCGCCCCUGGCAUGAAAGAACCAACCUUUGCCCUCAUAGCGAUAAUGAUCGUGUAAUGACAGGU